GGCCGCCCCGGGCUGUCGGCGGACGCCCUCCCCAGUCAUGAACCCCGCCGAGGGGGCCGCGGAGGACGGAGGGGCGGCCGACUCGGACGUGGACGCCUUCUUCCGGACAGGGUCUUUUCGGAAUGAUGGUUUGAAAGCUUCUGAUGUUCUUCCCAUCCUAAAGGAAAAAGUGGCCUUCGUGUCUGGGGGCCGUGAUAAGCGAGGCGGACCCAUCCUGACCUUUCCUGCUCGCAGCAAUCAUGACAGAAUAAGACAGGAAGACCUGCGGAAGCUUGUGACGUAUUUGGCCAGCGUGCCAAGUGAGGACGUGUGCAAACGUGGCUUCACCGUCAUCAUCGACAUGCGGGGCUCCAAGUGGGACCUCAUCAAGCCCCUCCUCAAGACACUGCAGGAAGCCUUUCCAGCCGAGAUCCAUGUGGCCCUCAUCAUCAAACCGGACAACUUCUGGCAGAAACAGAAGACCAACUUUGGCAGCUCCAAAUUCAUCUUUGAGACCAGCAUGGUGUCCGUGGAGGGCCUCACGAAGCUGGUGGACCCCUCGCAGCUGACGGAGGAGUUUGACGGCUCCCUGGACUAUAACCACGAGGAGUGGAUCGAGCUGCGGCUGUCCCUGGAAGACUUCUUCAACAGCGCGGUGCACCUGCUCUCGCGCCUGGAGGACCUGCAGGAGAUGCUGGCCCGGAAGGAGUUCCCCGUGGACGUGGAGGGCUCGCGGCGGCUCAUUGAUGAGCACACGCAGCUCAAGAAGAAGGUGCUGAAGGCCCCCGUGGAGGAGCUGGACCGGGAGGGGCAGCGGCUGCUGCAGUGCAUCCGCUGCAGCGAUGGCUUCUCGGGGCGCAACUGCAUCCCGGGGAGCGCGGACUUCCAGAGCCUGGUGCCCAAGAUCACCAGUCUCCUGGACAAGCUGCACUCCACCCGGCAGCAUCUGCACCAGAUGUGGCACGUCCGCAAGCUGAAGCUGGACCAGUGUUUCCAGCUGCGGCUCUUUGAGCAGGAUGCAGAGAAGAUGUUUGACUGGAUAAGCCACAACAAGGAGUUAUUCCUCCAGAGCCACACGGAGAUCGGAGUCAGCUACCAGCAUGCCCUAGACCUCCAGACGCAGCACAACCACUUUGCCAUGAACUCCAUGAAUGCCUACGUCAACAUCAACCGCAUCAUGUCCGUGGCCUCCCGCCUCUCUGAAGCUGGCCAUUACGCCUCACAGCAAAUCAAGCAGAUUUCCACGCAGCUGGACCAGGAGUGGAAGAGCUUUGCUGCUGCCCUGGACGAGCGCAGCACCAUUCUCGCCAUGUCUGCGGUGUUCCACCAGAAGGCUGAGCAGUUCCUGUCGGGAGUGGACGCCUGGUGCAAGAUGUGUAGUGAAGGUGGCCUGCCGUCCGAGAUGCAGGACCUAGAGCUGGCAAUCCACCACCACCAAACCUUGUAUGAGCAAGUGACCCAAGCCUACACGGAGGUCAGCCAGGAUGGCAAAGCGCUGCUGGACGUGCUACAGCGUCCGCUGAGUCCUGGGAACUCCGAGUCCCUCACGGCCACAGCCAACUACUCCAAGGCGGUGCACCAGGUGCUGGACGUGGUGCAUGAGGUGCUGCACCACCAGCGGCGGCUCGAGAGCAUCUGGCAGCACCGCAAGGUGCGUCUCCACCAGCGGCUGCAGCUCUCCGUCUUCCAGCAGGACGUACAGCAGGUGUUAGACUGGAUUGAAAACCAUGGUGAGGCCUUUCUCAGCAAACACACAGGGGUUGGAAAAUCUCUGCAUCGAGCCCGGGCCCUGCAGAAGAGGCAUGAUGACUUUGAAGAGGUGGCUCAGAAUACGUACACCAACGCGGACAAGCUCCUGGAAGCAGCAGAGCAGCUGGCUCAGACAGGAGAAUGUGACCCCGAGGAGAUCUACAAAGCAGCCCGACACCUGGAGGUGCGAAUCCAAGACUUUGUACGCAGGGUGGAGCAGCGCAAGCUUCUCUUGGACAUGUCUGUCUCCUUCCACACACACACCAAAGAGUUGUGGACAUGGAUGGAAGACCUUCAGAAGGAGAUGCUGGAAGAUGUCUGUGCAGACUCUGUGGAUGCAGUCCAGGAACUGAUCAAGCAGUUCCAGCAGCAGCAGACAGCCACUCUAGAUGCCACACUCAAUGUCAUCAAGGAAGGCGAAGACCUUAUCCAGCAGCUCAGGUCAGCGCCUCCCUCCCUGGGGGAGCCCAGCGAGGCCAGGGACUCAGCUGUGUCCAACAACAAGACGCCCCACAGUAGCUCCAUCAGCCACAUCGAGUCGGUCCUCCAGCAGCUGGACGAUGCCCAGGUGCAGAUGGAGGAGCUGUUCCACGAGCGGAAGAUUAAGCUGGACAUCUUCCUGCAGCUGCGCAUCUUUGAGCAGUACACCAUUGAGGUGACAGCAGAGCUUGAUGCCUGGAAUGAGGACUUGCUCCGGCAGAUGAAUGACUUCAACACAGAGGAUCUCACCCUGGCGGAGCAGCGGCUGCAGCGCCACACAGAGAGGAAGCUAGCCAUGAACAACAUGACCUUUGAGGUCAUCCAGCAGGGCCAGGAUCUGCACCAGUAUAUCAUGGAGGUCCAGGCCUCAGGAAUUGAAUUAAUCUGUGAGAAAGACAUUGAUCUAGCAGCCCAGGUGCAAGAGCUAUUGGAAUUUCUCCAUGAGAAGCAGCAGGAAUUGGAGCUGAAUGCGGAGCAGACCCAUAAGCGGCUAGAGCAGUGCCUCCAACUGCGGCACCUCCAGGCAGAGGUCAAACAGGUCCUGGGAUGGAUCCGCAAUGGGGAGUCAAUGCUCAGCGCCAGCCUGGUCAAUGCCAGCUCUUUGUCCGAAGCAGAGCAACUGCAGCGGGAGCACGAGCAGUUCCAACUGGCCAUCGAGUCCCUCUUUCAUGCCACUUCCUUGCAGAAGACGCACCAGAGCGCCCUGCAGGUACAGCAGAAAGCUGAGGCCCUUCUCCAGGCCGGCCACUACGACGCCGAUGCCAUCCGGGAAUGUGCUGAGAAGGUGGCCCUGCACUGGCAGCAGCUCAUGCUGAAGAUGGAAGACCGGCUAAAACUGGUCAAUGCCUCAGUGGCCUUUUACAAGACUUCGGAGCAGGUGUGUAGUGUCCUGGAGAGCUUAGAGCAAGAAUACCGGAGAGAUGAGGACUGGUGUGGCGGACGAGAUAAACUGGGGCCAGCAGCAGAGAUCGACCAUGUCAUUCCACUCAUCAGCAAACAUUUGGAACAAAAGGAGGCCUUUCUUAAGGCCUGCACCCUGGCACGGCGGAACGCUGAGGUGUUCCUGAAGUACAUCCACAGGAACAACGUCAGCAUGCCCAGUGUCGCCAGCCACACCCGGGGACCUGAGCAGCAAGUAAAAGCCAUCUUGAGUGAGCUCUUGCAGAGAGAGAAUCGUGUCCUGCACUUCUGGACCUUGAAGAAGCGGCGGUUAGACCAGUGUCAGCAGUACGUGGUAUUUGAGCGCAGCGCUAAGCAGGCAUUGGACUGGAUCCAAGAAACAGGUGAAUAUUACCUCUCAACACAUACCUCCACUGGAGAGACCACAGAGGAGACUCAGGAACUGCUGAAAGAAUAUGGGGAAUUCAGGGUGCCUGCCAAGCAAACGAAGGAGAAGGUGAAGCUUCUGAUUCAGCUGGCUGAUAGCUUUGUGGAAAAAGGUCAUAUUCAUGCCACAGAGAUCAGGAAAUGGGUGACCACGGUGGACAAGCACUACAGGGACUUCUCCUUGAGGAUGGGGAAGUAUCGGUACUCCCUGGAGAAAGCCCUAGGAGUCAACACAGAGGAUAACAAGGACCUGGAGCUGGACAUCAUCCCGGCAAGCCUUUCAGAUCGUGAGGUCAAGCUACGGGAUGCCAACCAUGAAGUCAAUGAAGAGAAGCGGAAGUCAGCCCGGAAGAAAGAAUUCAUUAUGGCUGAACUGCUCCAGACAGAAAAGGCUUACGUCAGGGACUUGCAUGAGUGCAUGGAGACCUACCUUUGGGAAAUGACCAGUGGUGUGGAGGAGAUUCCCUCUGGGAUCCUUAAUAAAGAGCAUAUCAUCUUUGGCAACAUCCAGGAGAUCUACGAUUUUCAUAACAACAUCUUCCUCAAAGAGCUGGAGAAGUACGAGCAGCUGCCUGAGGAUGUGGGACACUGCUUUGUUACCUGGGCAGACAAAUUUCAGAUGUAUGUCACCUACUGUAAAAACAAGCCUGAUUCCAACCAGCUGAUCCUGGAGCAUGCAGGCACCUUCUUUGAUGAGAUACAACAGAGGCAUGGUCUGGCCAACUCCAUCUCUUCUUACCUAAUUAAGCCUGUCCAGAGGAUCACCAAGUACCAACUCCUCCUGAAGGAACUUUUAACUUGCUGUGAAGAAGGGAAAGGGGAGCUCAAGGAUGGCCUGGAGGUGAUGCUCAGUGUCCCAAAGAAAGCCAAUGAUGCCAUGCAUGUCAGCAUGCUGGAAGGGUUCGAGGAGAACCUGGCCGUGCAGGGGGAGUUGAUUCUCCAAGAUGCCUUCCAAGUGUGGGACCCGAAGUCGCUGAUCCGGAAGGGGCGGGAGCGGCAUUUGUUCCUCUUUGAGAUCUCCCUGGUUUUUAGCAAGGAGAUCAAAGACUCUUCAGGACACACAAAAUAUGUUUACAAGAACAAGCUACUGACCUCAGAGCUGGGUGUGACCGAGCACGUAGAGGGCGAUCCCUGCAAAUUUGCCCUGUGGUCUGGGCGUACCCCAUCCUCAGACAAUAAAACAGUGCUGAAAGCCUCCAACAUUGAAACCAAGCAGGAGUGGAUCAAGAACAUACGAGAGGUGAUUCAAGAAAGGAUCAUUCACCUGAAAGGAGCUUUAAAGGAGCCCAUUCAGCUCCCCAAAACACCAGCCAAACAGAGGAACAAUAGUAAGAGGGAUGGAGUGGAGGAUGUUGACAGCCAGGGGGAUGGGAGCAGCCAGCCAGACACCAUCUCCAUUGCCUCCAGAACCUCUCAGAACACAGUGGACAGUGACAAGCUCUCUGGCGGAUGCGAGUUGACGGUGGUUCUGCAGGAUUUCAGCGCAGGCCACAGCGGUGAGCUGACCAUCCAGGUUGGGCAGACGGUGGAGCUGCUGGAGCGGCCCAGCGAGCGGCUCGGCUGGUGCCUGGUCCGCACUACGGAGCGAAGUCCCCCCCAGGAAGGCCUGGUACCCAGCAGCGCCCUGUGUAUCUCCCACUCCCGGAGCAGCGUGGAGAUGGACUCCUUCUUCCCCCUGGUGAAAGAUGCGUACUCUCAUUCCUCAAGUGAAAAUGGAGGCAAGUCUGAGUCCGUGGCUAACCUGCAGGCUCAGCCCUCCCUGAACUCCAUCCACAGUUCCCCUGGUCCCAAACGUUCCACCAACACGCUUAAGAAGUGGCUGACAAGUCCUGUGCGCCGGCUCAACAGUGGGAAAGCAGAUGGGAACAUCAAAAAGCAGAAGAAAGUACGAGAUGGUCGGAAGAGCUUUGACCUGGGAUCUCCCAAACCUGGGGAUGAGACGACCCCUCAAGGAGACAGUGCGGAUGAGAGCAAGAAAGGUUGGGGUGAAGACGAACCAGAUGAAGAGUCACAUACCCCGCUCCCUCCGCCAAUGAAGAUCUUUGACAAUGAUCCCACACAGGACGAAAUGUCCUCCUCUUUGCUAGCAGCCCGGCAGGCCUCCACCGACGUACCUACAGCUGCAGACCUUGUCAGUGCAAUAGAAAAGUUGGUCAAAAGCAAGCUGAGUCUAGAAGGCGGCUCAUACCGGGGGAGCUUGAAAGACCCCGCAGGCUGUCUGAAUGAGGGGGUGACCCCUCCCACACCUCCCAGAAACCUGGAAGAAGAACAGAAAGCCAAGGCCCUGAGAGGCAGGAUGUUUGUCCUGAAUGAGCUGGUACAGACGGAGAAAGACUACGUCAAGGAUUUGGGGAUUGUGGUAGAGGGCUUCAUGAAGAGAAUAGAAGAAAAAGGUGCCCCGGAGGACAUGCGAGGAAAGGAUAAAAUCGUGUUUGGAAAUAUUCACCAGAUUUAUGACUGGCAUAAAGACUUUUUCCUGGCAGAACUGGAAAAAUGUAUCCAGGAGCAAGACAGAUUGGCACAGCUCUUUAUUAAACACGAGCGGAAGCUGCACAUCUACGUGUGGUACUGUCAGAACAAGCCGCGCUCAGAGUACAUCGUUGCCGAGUACGACGCCUACUUUGAAGAGGUGAAACAGGACAUAAAUCAAAGGCUGACACUUAGCGACUUCCUUAUCAAGCCCAUUCAGAGAAUAACAAAAUAUCAGUUGCUCCUCAAGGACUUCCUGAGAUACAGUGAGAAGGCUGGUUUGGAGUGUUCAGAUAUCGAGAAAGCCGUGGAGCUAAUGUGCCUUGUUCCAAAACGCUGCAAUGACAUGAUGAACCUGGGACGCCUGCAGGGCUUUGAGGGUACCCUGACCGCGCAGGGGAAGCUGCUGCAGCAGGACACCUUCUAUGUGAUUGAGCUGGAUGCGGGCAUGCAGUCCCGGACCAAGGAGCGUCGCGUAUUCCUCUUCGAGCAAAUUGUCAUCUUCAGUGAACUGCUCAGGAAGGGCUCCCUCACCCCAGGCUACAUGUUCAAAAGGAGCAUCAAGAUGAAUUACUUGGUCCUGGAGGAGAACGUGGACAAUGACCCCUGCAAGUUUGCACUCAUGAACAGGGAGACUUCCGAAAGGGUCAUUCUGCAAGCCGCCAAUGCUGACAUCCAGCAGGCCUGGGUGCAGGACAUUAAUCAAGUCUUGGAGACACAGCGAGACUUCUUAAAUGCACUACAGUCGCCCAUUGAGUAUCAGCGGAAAGAAAGGAGCACAGCCGUGAUGAGGUCCCAGCCCGCUAGGGCUCCCCAAGCUAGCCCCAGGCCUUACUCCUCUGUCCCCAUGGGCUCUGAAAAGCCCCCAAAGGGCUCCAGCUAUAACCCACCUCUGCCACCCCUGAAGAUAUCUACCUCCAAUGGCAGUCCAGGGUUCGACUAUCACCAGCCUGGUGACAAGCAUGAAGCCAGCAAGAACGAUCUGGGAGGCUGCAACGGGACCUCAUCCAUGGCGGUGAUUAAAGAUUACUAUGCUCUGAAGGAGAAUGAAAUUUGUGUGAGCCAAGGUGAGGUGGUCCAGGUCCUCGCCGUCAACCAGCAGAAUAUGUGCCUGGUGUACCAGCCUGCCAGCGACCAUUCCCCGGCAGCCGAGGGCUGGGUCCCAGGCAACAUCCUGGCGCCCCUCACCAAAGCCACGGCGGCAGCAGAAAAUAGUGACGGAAGCAUCAAGAAGUCAUGUUCAUGGCAUACCCUACGCAUGAGAAAGCGGGCGGAAGUGGAGAACACGGGUAAAAAUGAAGCCACAGGGCCUCGUAAACCCAAGGAUAUUCUGGGCAACAAAGUCUCUGUUAAAGAGGCGAACAGUUCCGAGGAGUCAGAGUGUGAUGAUCUUGACCCUAAUACUAGCAUGGAGAUCUUGAAUCCAAAUUUCAUCCAAGAAGUGGCCCCAGAAUUCCUUGUGCCCUUAGUGGAUGUGACCUGCUUACUUGGGGACACAGUGACCUUGCAGUGCAAAGUCUGUGGGCGGCCGAAGCCCACCAUCACCUGGAAGGGUCCAGACCAGAACAUCCUUGACACUAACAACAGCUCAGCCACGUACUCCGUCUCCUCCUGUGAUUCUGGUGAAAUAACCCUGAAAAUCUGCAACUUGAUGCCCCAAGACAGUGGGAUUUACACCUGCAUAGCAACAAAUGACCACGGGACCACAUCAACAUCUGCUACAGUUAAAGUACAAGGUGUUCCCGCCGCCCCGAACCGCCCCAUUGCCCAGGAGAGAAGCUGCACCUCAGUGAUCCUCCGCUGGCUGCCUCCGUCCAGCACCGGGAACUGUACGAUCUCUGGUUACACCGUAGAGUACAGAGAAGAAGGUUCCCAGGUUUGGCAGCAGUCUGUAGCUUCGACCUUGGACACUUACCUCGUCAUUGAAGACCUCAGUCCUGGGUGUCCUUACCAGUUCAGAGUCAGUGCCAGUAAUCCCUGGGGGAUCAGCCUUCCCAGUGAGCCCUCGGAGUUCGUGCGACUUCCAGAAUACGAUGCUGCUGCUGAUGGAGCCACAAUUUCUUGGAAGGAUAAUUUUGAUUCAGCUUAUACUGAGCUGAAUGAAAUUGGAAGGGGCCGUUUCUCCAUAGUAAAGAAGUGCAUUCACAAAGCUACCCGCAAAGAUGUGGCUGUGAAAUUCGUUAGCAAAAAGAUGAAGAAGAAAGAGCAGGCUGCCCACGAGGCUGCCCUCCUCCAGCACCUGCAGCACCCACAGUACAUCACUCUCCACGACACCUAUGAGUCCCCCACAUCCUACAUCCUAAUUCUGGAACUCAUGGAUGACGGCCGGCUCUUAGACUACCUUAUGAAUCACGAUGAGCUGAUGGAGGAAAAAGUAGCCUUCUACAUCCGAGACAUCAUGGAAGCCCUGCAGUACCUUCAUAGCUGCAGGGUUGCACAUUUGGACAUCAAGCCUGAAAACCUGCUCAUUGACCUCCGGAUUCCAGUGCCUCGAGUGAAGCUCAUCGACUUGGAGGAUGCUGUCCAGAUCUCAGGUCACUUCCACAUCCACCACCUUCUGGGGAACCCGGAGUUUGCUGCCCCAGAAGUGAUCCAAGGCAUUCCUGUGUCCCUAGGCACCGAUAUCUGGAGCAUCGGGGUACUGACGUAUGUCAUGCUAAGUGGGGUCUCCCCCUUCUUGGAUGAGAGCAAAGAGGAGACAUGCAUCAAUGUAUGCAGGGUGGACUUCAGCUUCCCCCAUGAAUACUUCUGCGGUGUGAGCAAUGCUGCCAGAGACUUCAUCAAUGUGAUCCUACAGGAAGACUUCCGGAGGCGGCCCACAGCAGCCACCUGCCUGCAGCAUCCAUGGCUGCAGCCCCACAAUGGCAGCUACUCCAAAAUCCCCUUGGACACCUCCCGCCUGGCGUGCUUCAUAGAGCGCCGCAAGCACCAGAAUGACGUGCGUCCUGUUCCCAACGUCAAGAGCUACAUCGUCAAUCGGGUGAACCAAGGGACGUAG